CCCGCAUAGGACGUAUCCUAUUGUUGACGCCCAUUAGCAUCGGAUUUUGCGACCACUGGGACUGGCAAGGCUACCAGAUGGAAAGUGUAUAAAUUCACACCACCACCCCCAAUAUCUGCUGUCUUCAGAGUUCAACAGUUUCGUUUCCACCUCAACUAUACAUUCGCUAAUCACUUUGGAACAAUGCUUUUCUCAAACUUAAAGGCUGCUGUUGUCGCUUUAGCCGCUUCCUCCAUGUUGCCUGGAGCUGACGCUCUUCUUGACGUCGACAUCGGCGCUUUCCUUGACUUCACCAUCGGUGGACCAAAGGGCAACGGUUGUAAGCCACAGAAACACUUCCAAAUUGGUCUUAACGUCGACUUGAACGUCGGUAUCCACUUGAAGAGAGACUUGGACGGUGAACCAAUUCUUGAUUUGGAAGAAGUGGCCAAGAGAGACGGCUGGUUCGUCCCUAAGGCUUCCUUAACCGCGUCUGACAUCACCUUUGUUCAAGACAACAUUUUCAAGGUCACCCUUAACUUCAACACUGUUGUUGCCAACGAAUUGAACCGUAUCUUCGGCCACGGCCAAAGAUCGGUUGUUAUCCAAAACUUGGGUUACGACCAAUCUUCCCUCAACAAGAGAGCCAACGAUGAAGUUGUCAUUGCUGGCCCUGGUGCUCCAUACAACGUUCCAAACAUCUUCAGAUGGUCUGCUAUCGUCUUGGUCUCCGCUUCUAAGCACAACGGUUUGUUCUGUUUGCCAGACGACUUGGAUAUUGCCUUUGAUUUCACCAACAACUCCACCAGUGUCUUGGACCAAUGGAAGUCUCUCUUUGCCCAGAAGUACGCUUACACCUUGGACAAGGACUACAAUGAUGCUAAGCCAGUCAAGAGAGAUGUCGAAAUCCUUUCUAUUGAAAAGAGAGCUCCAUGGGACUCCCCAGUCUUCGAUGCCUUGAAGUCUCAAAGAACUACUUUGCCAAACUUCUGUUGGGACGCUAGCUGUGUUGUUUCCACCUCUUCUUUCCCAUCUUCGUCUUCCACUCCAGCUCCAUCUUCUUCUCCAUCUUCUGCUCCAGCUUCAUCCACCCCAUCUUCUGCUCCAUCAUCCGCUCCAUCCUCGGCCCCAUCAUCUGGUGCUUCUUCUGCUCCAUCAUCUAGUGCUUCUUCUGCUCCAUCUUCCGGAGCUUCUUCCACUCCUUCUGGUGCUUCUUCUGCUCCAUCUUCUGGUGCUUCUUCCACUCCAUCUGGUGCUUCUUCUGCUCCUUCUGGUUCUUCUUCCGCUCCAUCUGGUGCUUCCUCCUCCGGUGCUUCUACUCCAGCUCAAUCCUCCCCAGCUGUUACUUCUUCCCACUCAUACCCAUUCACCACCUACACCACCACUGAAACUUUCGGCUCCACCCAAUCUUCUGGUGUUGUUAUCGUUACCACUGACAGUGCCAGCUCUGUUUACAGCACCACCUCUUUCUUCCCAGGUGAGUCUGACCCAAGCACUGGUGCUGGUGGUGUUUCUACCAAGACCCAACACGGUACUACUGUUGUUACUAUCACUUCUUGUUCCGACCACAAGUGUACUGCUCAGCCAGUUACUACCGGAUGGACUGUUGUUACCGAAGAACACACUUCUUACACCACUUACUGCCCAUUGACUUCUGAAGGUGCUCCAGCUCCAGCUCCAUCCAAGGAAACCCCAGCUCCAGCUCCAGCUCCAUCUAAGGAAGCUCCAGCUCCAGCUCCAGCUCCAUCUAAGGAAGCUCCAGCUCCAGCUCCAGCUCCAUCCAAGGAAGCUCCAGCUCCAGCUCCAGCUCCAUCCAAGGAAGCUCCAGCUCCAGCUCCAGCUCCAUCCAAGGACCAUGUUGUCACCUCUACUGUCAACGGUGAAACCACCUUGGUGACUUCUGCUGCUGCUGAAUCUACCCAUGCUGCCCCAGCCCCAGCCCCAGCUCCAUCUCAAGUUGCUCCAGCCAAGGCUUCUCCAGCCACCACCGCUGCUGCUCCAUCUGUUGCUCCAGCUGAAAACGCUGGUAAUGCUGCCUCCGUCUCCAUCGGUGCUAUCUUCGCUGGUCUCUUGGUUGCCUUCAACUUGUAAGUUUGAAGCCUAAGGACUCCACAAAUAUAAAACUUCAUGAUUAUUUUAAACGGCUGAAUUUUCGCAGCCAUGGUGCAUUUUGACUUUCUUCUAUUUCCAAAUAUUCUAUUCGGUUUAAGUUUACUUAUCUACCGUGCUCCGCUGAGUACUCUUUGGUCUUGUUAUAUACCCCUAUAUAAGUUAUUGCCGGAUUAUCCCUGGCUGUGUCUUUCAUAAUACAUUAUAAUGUUAGUUUGGUUUGCAACCUAUCUUGAAUUGUCCAAUGAUGUGCUACCAUACUAGCAUUAUUGGUAUCUCAGG